AUGCUCACAAUCGCUGAGUCAAUCACCGAGGGUCCCAAGCAGUAUAGCCGGUUCAAUGUGAUGGACAUCCCUCGUACCUGUGGGCUUCUCAGCUCUAAGGAACUCGAAAUUACCGAGAAAUACGAUGUCCGCGGGUUGGUAUCCAUGAUGACCGAAAGUAAAUUCAAGGCGGAAGAGGUGAGAGCAGCCAUCGCUCAGCAACUCACUCGAUGCCUGACCGAGCCCCUCUUCGAUCGUGCCAUUCGCCGAGCUCAGGAAUUGGACGACCAUCUCCAGCGUACCGGUAAUCCCGUCGGUCCUCUGCACGGUCUUCCCGUCUCAGUAAAGGAUUCGUUCCACAUCGAGGGCGUCGACUCUAGUAUUGGUCUUUCUGCAUUGGCAUUCAAGCCCGCAAAAGUCAACGCCGAUCUCGUGAACCUGCUCCAAUCCCUCGGUGCCAUUGUCAUCGCCAAAACAAAUGUCCCCCAAACUCUCGCGACACUCGAUAGCUGCAAUCACCUCUUCGGUCGCACACUCAACCCACUCAAUCGUCAAUGGACGGCAGGUGGUAGCACCGGUGGUGAAGGUGUCCUGCUCGCUAUGCACGGAUCGAUGGUUGGGUUUGGUACCGACAUUGGCGGGAGCAUCCGAGUACCUGCAAUGUGCCAGGGAAUCUAUGGAUUCAAGCCGAGCCAAGGCCGCGUACCCUACGGUGGUCAGGAAAGUGGUCAGCUUGCUGAUCGUGCUCGUGCGGAAUUAUUUGGUGAGGAUUGUAUUCCGGGCUAUUGGCCUGCGCCCCCUGUCCCAAUCUCCUUGGCUCCUCCACGAAACUUCACUAUUGGUAUCCUCAAGACAGAUGGCCUUGUCACUCCCUUGCCCCCAAUCACCCGCAUCUUAGAUGAAGUGGCUCAGCAUUUACGGCGUACUCCUGGUAUCGAAGUCGUCGAUAUUCCCGUUCCUCCUGUUCUGCCCAAAUGCCAGGGCCUCGCGGGUCGUCUCAUGGGCGUGGAUGAUGGUUCCACCAUGCUUGAUCUUGUUGAGGGCCAAGGGGAAGCUUUGAUCCCCUGGCUGCAAGGCCGCAUGAAGCGUGGCAAGGCACUCACCAUCAAGCAAUUGGCACAGCUCCAGGCUCAACGUGCGGAGAUUGAGAAAGAGAUGCUUAAGAUGUGGACUUUGAAUGCGGGUCAUACUCGACGAGUCGACGCUAUUGUGUGUCCCAUCGCACCACACCCGGUUCCCGAACUAGAUCGGUACAAUGCCGUUGGGUAUACAUCGACAUUUGUAAUGCUGGAUUAUCCAGCUGGCACGGUACCUGUGCGGCCAUUUGCGGAGUCUGACUUGGAAUUGGGCAAGGCCAUGGAUGUGCCUACGUUGGGAAGCUGGGAUCAAGCUAAUCGGAAACUAUUUGACCGUCGCGUGUACUUGGGUUCACCGCUCAGUGUCCAGGUUGUCACACCGAAGCUGCAUGAUUAUGAACUUUUCCAGGCCAUGGAAAUCGUUGAUCGGGCAGUGCAAGGAGGCGGCUCUCUCGUUGCCAAGCUUUAA